AUGACAUGCCACACGUCAGUCAGCCACGCCACGCCCACGGCGCCCGGCCACGCCCACGAAAACCAGGCCACGCCCACCAACAGCCAGCCACGCCCACCAUCCCCCAAAGCCACGCCCCUAGCGGCCACGCCCCACACAGCCAGGCCACGCCCCCCGUCGCUUGGCCACGCCCACAAACCCACAGGCCACGCCCACACACAGACAUGGCCUAGCCCCCUCGCAGCCAGCCCACGGCCCCGGCGCCUGGCCACGCCCACCAACCUGCAAGUCACGCCCACAAACCCGCGGGCCACGCCCACAACCCCGCAUGUCACGCCCAUUCACAGUCAGGCCACGCCCCUCGUGGCCGCGCCCACACCCCGGCGCUUGGCCACGCCCCUCACAGCCAAGCCACGCCCCCUCGUGGCUACGCCCCCCUCACAGCCAGCCCACGCACCGGAUCUUGGCCACGCCCUCAAACCCGCAGACCACGCCCCUCACAGCCAUGGGCGCGCCCCCUCGUGGCCGCGCCCCCUCGUGGCCGCGCCCCCUCACAGCCAGCCCACGCCCCCGGCGCUUGACCACGCCCACAAAACCGCAGGCCACGCCCACAGACCCACCACGCUCUGGACGCCGGGCCUCGCCCCUUCCGUGCCAGGCCCCGCCCCAUCCCGCCUGGGCACGCCCCCCGACCCGCACCUGCUCCGGGCGGGGCUGGGUGGCGGGUGGCGGGCGGUGCGGGCCGCCAGCUGCGUGCCCAACGCGUGGCUGUCGCUGUCGCUGCGGUCGGAGCUGCUGCUGACGGCCGUGCCGGCCCACCACUGCCGCCCGGACCGGGCGCUGCUGCCCGCCGCCCUGCGCGCCCUGGCCGGCUCUACCGCUACCCCCCCGUCCCACCCCGGGGACCCCACCCCCGGCCCCCCCAACGCCACCGGCCCCUGCACCCAAGGCUGGCACUACGCCCUGCCCACCGCCGGCCUCCUCAGCAACCCCGUCACCCAGUGGGACCUGGUGUGCGCUGAUGGCUGGAAGGUGCCUCUGGAGCAGACCACCUACCUACUGGGCUGGCUGCUGGGCUGCCUGGGCCUGGGCUCCGCCUGUGACAGGUUUGGUCGCCGUGCUGUAUUUGUGACCUGCCUGCUACUGUCCACGCUGCUGGGUGCGGGAGUGGCGUUGGCCGUGAACUACGUCAUGUUCCUGUCCCUGAGGCUGCUUCAUGGUGUUGUGCUGGCGGGUGCCUUCCUCUCCCUCUAUGUGGCACGGCUGGAGCUGUGCGACCCCCCUCAUCGCCUGGUGGUGACCGUGGUGGCCGGGCUGUUCUGGGUGGCGGGGAAGCUGCUCCUGCCUGGCCUGGCCCUGCUGUGCAAGGACUGGAGGCUCCUGCAGGGUCUCAUCACCCUGCUCCUGGCCCUGCUGCUCUUCUUCUGGGGGCCCCCGGCUUUGUUCCCGGAGUCACCCCGCUGGCUCCUGGCCACCCAGCAACUAGCCAGAGCCAAGAAGAUACUGAGGCGGUUUGCGGAGGCCAGCGACCUCAACCUGGAGGAGGCGCCUUCUGGGGAAGAUGCCCCCGCUGCGGCGGCGACAGAACUCGAUGUGCUCUCGGCCCGGCGUUCUCAGCCCCAGUACCAGCCCAUCUGCAAGGUCCUGAGCAACAGAGUCAUCGGGAGAAACAGCCUCAUCCUGGGCUUUACCUCGCUGAUCGGCAGCGGCAUCCGGCACAGCUUUGCCCGAAACCUGGCCCCAUACCAGCCGCGCUUCUACUUCCCCUACUUCCUGCUGGCCGGGCUGGAGGCAGCCGCCUGCCUCUUCCUGGGCCUGACCGCCGAGCGCUUCGGCCGCCGCGCCGUCCUGCUGCUCUGCACCAUCCUGACCAGCCUGGCCUCGCUGCUGCUCCUCGCCCUCACCCAGUAUCUGCAGGGCUGGACCGUCCUGUUCCUCUCCAUCCUUGGUCUCCUGGGGUCCUAUGCCAUCUCCACGCUCAGCAGUAUCUUUGCCAGCGAAGUCCUUCCCACCGUGGUCAGAGGUGCUGGGCUGGGCCUCAUCAUGGCCGCAGGCUUCCUGGGCCAGGCGGUGGCCCCCAUCAUGGACAUCCACAACCACCAUGGCUUCUUCCUGCACCACGUGGUGUUUGCCUCCUUCGCCAUCCUCUCCAUGCUCAGCAUCAUGCUGCUGCCCGAGACCCGGGGCAAGGUCUUGCCCGAGUCCCUCAAAGAUGGGGAAGGGCAGCGCCGCUCUCCACUCUUCCUGUCUCGUCGCCUCCGUCGCGGCGGCAGUCCCCAGGACCACAUGCCCCUUCUCUUGCCCUCCACCCCGGAGCAGUACGCCCGCCUCGCCGCCACCACCCGGAAAAUACUGGAAGCCGGGGCCUUCCCCCAACUCCACGGGGUGCCCCCAAGACCCAAACUCUCAUCCUCACACGGGCCGACCCACACCUAGCCGGUAGCCCCACUUCUCCAAACUCAAGGCAGCUCUUCUGGACUCUGAGGACACACAGCUCCCGCUGCCCCUGGGGUCUGGCGGGGAGAUGCUGCCAGGCCACUUCUGUGGCCGUGGGCAGGCAGGCCUGGGCCUGGCCUCCGCCGGGGCAGCGUGGACAGCGGAUGCUUGGACUCCAUCAUCCCAGCCGCCUCCGUCAGCCUGGGCCCACGUGGUGGGCCUGCCUCUUGCCCUUUCCCCCUUCAGGUUUGGAUAAACCUUUCGUGGAAACUCUC